AUGUCGCAGCCAACUGCUAUUACCCCCGCGGGUGACGAUGCAAUUUCACUCUUAAUGGCCAGCAUCGGAGCCUUGUCCGCAAGUAUGGUAGCAAGACUCGAGGCGAUCGAAGACCAACUCGACAAGGCUCGUGAGGAACAAAAGGACUUCAACAAAACUCUUCUUAGUCAAAUUAAUCAAAUAGCCGAUCUGCGACAGAAGGUUCAAUACAGACCGGUAUUCAAAGCACCUGCAUCCUCACACACCGACACAUCCGAAGCCGCAUCCCAGGGUUCCUCGAAGAACCUUGGAAGCGAAGGAAGUCUCGGUGUACACGCUUGA